AUGACACCUUCAAAAGUAAAGGAUCCUACUGUUAAUGGGAAAGAGAACCAUGGUCAAGAGGCAGUGCAUGAGGAGAAUACCAAGUCCUGUGAACAUGAAUAUGGAAGUUACUGCCUCUGGUCUACUGAACAUAGGGAAUUAAUGAAGGAUGCCAUUGUCAAGAGGCUUAAUGAUCAACUUUUUAUGGAAAGAGCUCAUUAUCCUAGUGUUGCAAAAUUGAAGCAACAGGAAAGAUUUACAUGUGAACUGAAGCAAAACAUCCAAGAGCUUGAACGCAUGCUGAGUGACACCAUCACAGAUGCUGAUCUUCCACCAUUUUUUGCAGAGAAGCUGGGGAAGAUGGAGCACACAAUUGAGCGGGCCGAGUCUUGUGAAGUAGGAUGCUCAAUUGUUGAACGGAAACUUAGGCAGCUACUUGAUAUAACCGAAGAUGAAGCUUAUUUCCAUACAAGGCAGAGUGCAUUUCUAUAUCAUCUUGGGGUCCAGACUACGCCGAAAACUCACCAUUGCUUGAACAUGAGAUUGACAGUAGAAUAUUCAUACUUGGAGGCAACUGUUUGUGUAACUUACAUUGAGGACAACCAGAAGCUCUCUAAGGACGUAGAUUCCCUUGAGAUGCAACAAUUAUGGCCUGCAGAGGAAUUUUGUGUCACAAUUCUUAAUCAUUCUGAACCUUCCCAGAGGCAGAUGAAAACUGAGUACAUAUGUAUUUUCGGCCAUUCAAGUUUCCUCUUGCCUGACCUUCCUACCUUGAACAGAGUAGUUGUUCUGGAUGAUGAUUUGAUUGUGCAGAAAAAAUUGUUAUCUUUGUGGAACCUUGAUAUGGGUAGUAAAGUGAUCGGCGCUGUCCAGUUCUGGUGA